AAGUAAAGAACGUAACAAAACUAUGGUUAAAACUUUUUAAAUGGAAAAACUUCGUAAAGAUUCAGUAAUCACAUACAAAGAUAAACACGCGUUUGGGGUCUCGAUGUGUGCAGUUGAUAAUUUCAACAUAUCCCGAGGUUAUUUACUUUUACUGCUUUGGUUUCAUUUAUGGAGAGUGGAGUCACUAACAUGUUUACAGUGUACUUCGUACCAGCUUUAUUGUAACAAUUCUGUUACAUGUGCAGAGCAUGAGGUGUGCUACACCCAUACCACCAAUGUCAACUCACGAAUACAAUAUGACAUGGGCUGCGCCAAGCAAGGUUUCUGUCAACAUUACAACACCGAGAACGACCUGCUAGUUGGUAAACGCGAUACAGAGACAGAAGCAAGAGACAAGAGAGACAACCUGUGCCUCAAGUGCUGCCAUUGGAAUGAUUGCAAUGGUCGGCUUUGUUCUGAUACAACCAACACUGACCUACAGUUACGACUAAGAGAUGGACAAAACAGAUACGAUGGAACUGUGGAAGUGUUUCACAAAAACAAUUGGGGAUUCGUCUGCGACGAUGGAUGGUCUCAGCUUGAAGCCGAGGUGGUCUGUCACAUGCUGGGGUAUCAAAGAUCUGGCGCCAGAGCGGUAACGGACAAUGGCUUUCACUCCAACCACUUUUACAACUAUCUACUCGACCAAGUGUCCUGUCAGCCAAACACGUCGACUUUACAAGAUUGUCAUCAUUCAGACUGGGGUCAUCAUGACUGUGUCCCCGGGGAAGAAGCUGGGGUCAUUUGUUCUUCUGGUGAAACAGACACAAUACAGUUACGUCUCAGAAAUGGUUCCAACAUCUACGAAGGUCUAUUGGAAGUGUUCUACAACGACACUUGGGGGUCAGUCUGCGAUGACUCCUGGUCAGAUCAGGACGCGCAAGUCGCUUGCUACAUGCUAGGAUACAAAAAAUCUGGGGCCCAAGCAGUAGGUGGUGGAUAUUUUACCUCUGGUCAUGCAUUGCCCUUUGUGUUGGAUGAUGUCGUGUGUACAGGCAACGAAAUGAAUCUGGCUGAUUGCUCUCACAGAAACUGGAAGGAGCACAACUGCGGCCCAAACGAAGAGGCUGGCGUUAUUUGCGUUCCAGAUCCAGAACUACAAGUUCGUCUUUGGAACGGCAAAACACUUUCUGAAGGCAUUGUGGAAGUCUACUAUAACAAUACACGGGGCUUAUUAUGUGGUCAGGGAUGGUCAAAUGAAAAUGCAGAAGUUAUUUGCUAUAUGCUGGGUUAUCCAAGAUCUGAUGCCACCGGAUAUAUUGACACUGUUUCGAACCAGACAUUAUCUUUCCUGCUUGAUGAAGUGAUCUGUUCAGGCACUGAGUCAAGUGUACUUGAGUGUAAACACAGAGCUGUCGGAGAGGACCUAUGCCAUGCCCUAGAAGCGGCAGGAGUUACUUGUAAACCAGAGAAUAUAUCUGUCUCUGUACGCCUAAGAGGUGGUGGCCAUAGCAAUGAAGGCGUUGUAGAAGUCAAUUAUAAUGGAACUUGGGGUACAGUAUGUGAUGAUGGCUGGACAAAGGAGAAUGCACAAGUUGUCUGUCGCAUGUUAGGUUACCAAGGGCAAGGAUCAGAAGCUGUUUAUGGAUCAAGAUUUGUCCAAAGUGCUAGUCUGCCUUUUCUUUUAGAUGAUGUCUGGUGCUCUGGUAGUGAACACAAUCUACUAGAGUGUUACCACAAGCCAUGGGGACAACACAACUGUGGCGAUGGCGAAUCAGCUGGUGUCGUUUGCCCUCCUGGACCUUUAGAUUUAGGAAACAGCUCAGUGGUACGUCUAGUCAAUGGACGCAACGAAUACGAAGGUAUUGUAGAAAUCUACCAUAAUCAUUUGUGGACAACUCUUUGUGAUGCAGGAUGGAAUGACAAAACUGCAAAAGUCAUUUGUCACAUGCUAGGAUUUUCAAGGUUCGGCGCUAAAUUUGUAGAAUCCUCCAGCGGAAUGUUUCCGAAGGUUCAGAAUGGCCUCUUCCAAGUGGAGUACGUGUCAUGUGUUGGCAAUGAAACAAAUUUCGAUGACUGUCGCCCUUCCUACAGGAUUCCAUAUUCUUGUCAAAACAGGCAACAAGCUGGUGUUAUGUGUGUGCCAGAAAUCUCCAAUUUAACUGUUCGUCUGGUGAAUGGCACACACAUGUACGAUGGAUCAGUGCAAGUUUUUUUCAACGGCACUUGGGGACUUAUCUGUAAUAAAGGCUGGUCGAAUGCCGAAGCUCAGGUAGUUUGUGGCAUGCUGGGAUAUGAAAGAUCUGAAGCCAAGGCUAUAAGACCAACAAGAUUUUUUUCUUAUGUUCCUUAUUUCAUUGAUAAUAUAAAGUGUCAUGGUAAUGAGUCAAAUCUUUUGGGUUGUAACAUAUUAGAAUUGGGAAAUGCCGAAUGUCCGAUUGAAGUGCAGGCUGCUGUUAACUGUCGUGCAGGCAAGGCUAUGCUGCGUCUGACUCAUGGUAAUACUAGUCAUAGUGGCACUGUUGAAGUUUUCUACAAUGGCGAAUGGGGAAUAGUCUGUGAUGACUACUGGACUGAUGCCGAUGCUCAGGUGGUUUGUUACAUGCUAGGGUAUCAAAGAUAUGGAGCUAAAGCAGUGCGGGCUGCAGGAUUUCCCUAUGAUACCAGUCAAAGUGUGAUGCUGGAUGAUGUAACAUGCCGUGGCAAUGAAACUACUAUCCUAGAAUGUUCACAUCGACCUUGGGGAGAACAUAACUGCCGUGCCAAUAAAGCUGCUGGUGUCAUUUGCAGAGCAGAGGAAAAUAAAGAUGAUGUGCUCCUUCUGCUAGAUGCACAGUCAAAGUCUAUCUACAAAAUGUACCUCAGCACUCAAACCUACAUCACCCUUCCUUUGCCACUUGUAUACAUUCCUGGGAGUUUUGACUUUGAUCCUGGCUCUGACAGACUUUUUGUCUAUGAUAAGAAAUACAACCAGAUAUUAAAUAUGCGAUCAGAUGGGACUGAUAUACGACUUGUUAGACAGCUAGAGCUAAGUACUGAAGUUUACAAUAUAAAAGCAGAUGUGGUCCAUAGCAAGGUGUUUUACAGUGACACUGGUCUUGGAGUUAUUGCAUCUGUAAAUUUAGAUGGGACAAAUCACUUUUUUGUAGCAUCUAAUAUUUUAAGUCCUAGAAGUAUUGUUCUAGAUCCACGAUAUCAAAUUCUCUGCUGGACUGGCUGGGGACCUCAUCCAGAGAUUACAUGUUCCAGCUAUGAUGGAUCAAACAAAAGAACAUUAGUGGAUACAAACCUGAAAUCUCCCAAUUCUCUUGCUAUUGAUUACAAUGAGAACAGAAUCUACUUUGUUGAUAGUGGCAUGAACACUAUAGAGUCUGUAGACUUUCGUGGUAACAACAGAAGAGUAAUUUUACAAGGAGUAGAAAACCACUACAUCUCACUUGACAUAUUUUAUGAUGUUUUAUUUUUUACAACUUGGGAGACUAAAACUGUGAUGCAAAUAAAAAAAGAUGGCUCACAACAAUCAGAAAUUGGCCCUGCCAACUUUAAUGAGGUGUCUGAACUCAAAGUUUACAGAUACGGCAAAGAUUAUGUAGGUAACAACAUGAGUUUAUCUCUUCCCUCUGACAUUAAUAGAACUUUUGUUCGGAUGUAUGGAACAAGAAACUUUUACAGUGGUCAGAUAGAAGUCUUUGACAAAGGUCUCUGGGAAAGAGUCUGUUACUGGAAUGAUCCUGAUGCCAAAGUUGCUUGCCACAUGAUGGGAUUCAACAGAAAUGUAUCGAUAAAAAUGAACCCCAGGGAGUUAUCUAGUAACUAUGCAUGGAAUAGAACAGGCUGUUUGGGCUCUGAAAAUCACAUCGAUGAGUGCAGCUCUCCAUCACAAAACAGGGGCUACUAUUAUUGUUUUGGAUCUGGAGCUAACUGUGAACCACAGGAACAAGGAAACUCUACUCAAGAUUUUCAAAUUGACAACUUUUUGUUAUUUAGCGAUGAGAAUGGUCAUUGGAUAAGAAUGGAUUUGAACACAAACAGUUACAUCAUCAGAACUAUUGACCCUGAAUGGAUCACACAGGCUCUAACUUUUGAUCCUUUGACUCAGACAUUUUAUUUUAGUGACUGGGAAUGGAUGUAUGCAUCAUCAAUGAUCAGAAGUGUGAACAAGUUAGGAACCACUAUUUCAUUGGUGGUUGAUGUAUUUAGAGGGAAUAUAACUGGACUUACUAUAGAUGCCAAAAGAGGUCUCUUAUUUUUUGCUGACGCUGGAAAUAACAAAAUCUGCUCAGUACACACAGAUGGUCUUAAUCUUCAGACUCUUUAUGCAGAUCUCCCUGACCUAAGAAGUAUUGCAGUUGAUACUAAUACUUUUGAAAUUUAUUGGACAACUUGGGGGUCACAACCUGGAAUAUAUAAAGGACAUUACCAAGGCAACACGUUGAUCAGUACAGUCUUAGCUGGAGGUCUCAAGCAACCGGAUGGUCUAGCAAUGGAUUCUAUAGCUAAGAAAUUAUACUUCUAUGAUUCUGGUACGCACACUAUUGAAGUCAUCAACACUGCUGGCUCACUUGAUAGACUUGUCUUGUUCACAGACUACAGCUCCCGACUCUCUGGUCUGACCAUCACACCGCAGUACAUUUUCUACUCUGACUACAACAAAGUAAAUAUCAUGCGUUUGAAUCGUGACGGAAGCAACCAGAGACCUGUCGGGACCAAAGACUUUCCUAAAGUUAAAGGUCUUUAUGCUUACAAGAGUACAAGUACCUGAUGCUUGCCACUCGUGAUCAAGAAUUAUUGAUUAAAACAUAGACUGAUACAUUAAAUACAUAUUGAUUUAUUGAAUCUGAUUGAUUGGAAACAAAAAUUUUUUUUGUUGGCGAAUAAAAUCUUAAUGAAAAUCUUG